AAAUUCCACGUCCAAAUAAUUCUUAUAAGGUUUUCCCAAACACCAUUCACAAUUAAACACCGACAUUGAACUGCAUCUGCAACUGCAACACCAUGAAGUUGUUUUCCUUUCAUAAAGAGCUUCUCACUCCGUUUUUUCUUCUCACGUUCCUCUACCCUUCUUGCCACUCACUACUCCACACCAUCACCGCAAACCACCCCAUCAAAGACGGCGACGUUUUGCUCUCCAGCGACCGAGGAAACUUUGCACUCGGUUUCUUCAGCCCGCCAAACUCCACAAACCGAUACGUUGGAAUCUGGUACAACAAAAUCUCCGAGCAAACGGUGGUGUGGGUCGCCAACAGAGACACUCCUCUCAUCGACACUUCCGGUGUUCUCUCCAUCAACACCCACGGAAACCUCGUACUCCACCACAACACCACCAACACCAAAACCAACACCCUUUGGUCCUCCAACGCUUCAAUCGCAUCCAGCAACGUUGCAGUUUCAGCCAAGCUUUUGGACACUGGAAAUUUAGUUUUGAUCCAAAACGACAACAACAGCAUCGUCCUAUGGCGGAGUUUCGAUUACCCCAGCAACACCAUGCUUCCUUUCAUGAAACUCGGGGUGGACCGCAAAACCGGUCUGAACCGGUUUUUAAUAUCCUGGAAAUCCGCGGAUGACCCGGGAACCGGGAAGAUGACAUAUAAAAUCGACCCGACCGGGUUUCCACAACUGUUUCUUUACAAAGACAAGGUGCCGUUAUGGCGGGUGGGGUCAUGGACGGGUGAGAGAUGGAGCGGGGUACCCGAGAUGACUCCGAAUUUCAUUUUCAAUAUAAGCUUCGUGAACGACGAGGACGAGGUUUGGAUAAUGUACGGAGUUAAAGACCCGAUGGUUUUCUCUAGAAUGGUGCUGGAAGACACAGGUCACGUGAGGAGGACGACGUGGCAGGGUGAGGAGCGGAGGUGGUUUGAGAUAUGGAACGGGCCGAAGGAGGAGUGCGACAGCUUCAGACGGUGCGGGUCGAACUCGAACUGCGACCCGUACCAGGCGGAGAAGUUCGUGUGCGAGUGUUUCCCGGGGUUCGAGCCCAGGUCCGAGAGGGAGUGGUACCUGAGGGACGGGUCGGGUGGGUGCGUGCGGAAGAGGAACGUGUCCACGUGCGGGAGCGGGGAGGGCUUCGUGGGGGUGGCACGUGUGAAGGUGCCCGACACUUCGAAGGCGCGCGUGGCUCCGAUGAUGGGGAUGCGUGAGUGCAGGGAGAGGUGCUUGAGGGAUUGCACGUGUGCGGCUUACACGAGUGCGAAUGAGAGCUCGGAGAGUGGGUGUCUUACUUGGCACGGUGACAUGGAGGACACCAGGACAUACACGCAAGUCGGACAAACAUUGUACGUUCGUGUGGAUGCGCUUGAAUUAGCUAAAUAUGAAAAACAUCCGUAUGGUUCUCUAGGCAAGAAGGGAAUGGUGGCAGUUUUAUCCAUUGCUACUUUCUUCAUAUUGUUUUUGGGGAUUAUUUUCGUGUAUUGGUUUAUAAAAGCCAGGAAACAAGGGAUAAGAAGGGACCGCAAGUACUCCUUCCGUCUUAGCUUUGAGGACUCUACCGAUCUACAAGAAUUUGAAUCUACAAAAAAUUCAGAUUUACCAUUCUUUGAUCUUAACUCCAUAGCUGCUGCAACAGACAAUUUCUCUGAUGCUAACAAGCUUGGCCAAGGAGGUUUUGGUUCUGUUUAUAAGGGUCUGUUGAGUAAUGGAUUGGAAAUAGCAGUGAAGAGACUGUCAAAGUACUCUGGACAAGGCAUAGAAGAGUUUAAAAAUGAGGUUGUUUUGAUCUCAAAGCUCCAACACAGAAAUCUUGUGAGGAUCUUAGGUUGCUGCAUUCAAGGACAGGAGAAGAUGUUAAUCUAUGAGUAUUUGCCUAACAAAAGUUUGGACUCUUUAAUUUUUGAUGAAGCUAAAAGGUCUCAACUAGACUGGAGUAAACGAUUUGAUAUCAUCUGUGGGAUUGCUAGAGGGAUCUUGUACCUUCAUCAAGAUUCACGAUUGAGAAUCAUUCAUAGAGACCUAAAAGCCAGCAAUGUCUUGCUGGACUCUUCAUUGAAUCCCAAAAUUGCAGAUUUUGGGAUGGCAAGAAUAUUUGGUGGAGACCAAGUUGAAGCAAACACAAAUCGUGUUGUUGGAACAUAUGGCUAUAUGUCACCAGAAUAUGCCAUGGAAGGACAAUUUUCGAUAAAGUCUGAUGUAUACAGCUUCGGAGUUUUACUUCUAGAGAUCAUCACAGGCAGAAAGAAUAGUGGUCAAUACGAAGACAUUACAGCCACAAAUUUAGUUGGACAUAUAUGGGAUCUAUGGAGAGAAGGCAAAACCAUGGAGAUUGUUGAUGAAUUCUUAGGAGACUCAUGCUGUGACCAAGAAGUUCAAAGAUGCAUCCAAAUUGGGCUUUUAUGUGUGCAAGAUUAUGCCGUUGACAGACCAUCUAUGUCAGCAGUUGUUUUCAUGUUGGGUAAUGACUCAACUCUUCCUGCUCCAAAACAACCGGCUUUUAUUUUCAAGAAAACUAAUUAUGAGAGUUCAAAUCCAUCAACCAGUGAAGGACUUUAUUCAGUUAAUGAUGUAAGUAUCACUAUGAUUGAUGCUCGCUGAAGGCAAAGGUUCUUGGAAUAUGUGGAAAACCCUGUAUGCUAUUGUAUGGAGUUAGUGUCAUAAAUCGAACAAUAAAUACUGCCAAAAUAUUGUAUAUGAUAAUUCAUGUAUUAUACAAUUUGGAAUAAUGAUGUAAAAAUCAAGGGUAAUGCGGGAUCGAGGUUCCCUGCGUUUAACUUCUUGUUGAAUAGCUACACUGCUCUAAUCUAAGCAGAUUUUUGUAUAAACAUGAACUAUAAAUCUUGUUAAUAAGAGUAGGCAUUGAUGUUA